AUGGCACGAACAAAGAAAAAUAAAAAAGAUAAUAAUAUACCUAAUAAUGAUUUAUUGAUGAAUCUACCAUAUCUUUUGCUCACAAAGAUAAUCAGAGAGUUAGAUGAAGAUAUAGAUAGAAUUUGCUUCAGUUUAGUUUGUAAGAGAUGGUUCGAUCACAGAGAUAAAUAUCUUUGGUUCAAUUGUUUUGAUUUAAAACAAGAAAGCAAAGAUCAUUUUGACAAUAAAAAGAAUCGAUAUUUCAAAUUGAAUUCAUUCAAAGAUCAAUUUCAACGAUCUCUUGAAUCAGACAAAGAUUGUACACUGCUCAUUCACCAAUCAGAAGAUAAAGAUCGCAAAAAUACCAACUAUUUAAUACUUUCAUAUGGAAAGCAGAUCAUUGAUGACAGUAUUAAACUUGUUGAUUUCGAGCAAUAUGAAAUUAAAUCAUCAUACAAGAAGAUAAUAUUAGCAUCUGAUGUUAAUACUCUUAUCAAUAAGAAUAUGAUCGAUAAAAUUGGUAAAUCCAAUGUUCAAUCUUUAUUUGUGAUGGGUAUGUGUGGUUUCGAAGUUCAACUUCCAUCCAAUAUCAAAGAUAUCGAAUCACGCAAUUAUAUCGAAGAGAAAUAUUAUCCAAACGAACUUGAAAGACUAGUGUAUCAUGAUAGAUGCGAGGUUAAUACCAAACAACUACCAAGCACACUGAAGGUUCUCAAGAUAGAAGAGGAUGAUUUUAUUUCAUUACCACCAAAUCUUGAGGAUUUAACAUUAGACUUUGACUAUCGCCGAGCUCAAUUCACAAAACCAAAUGAAUCAGUAUUUCCUUCCACGAUUAAACGUCUUCAAAUAUCAACAAAAUGGUUGGAUAACAUCAAACAUAUGACAUCGAUUGAAACACUGAUAGUGUCUGCACUCUCUUCACCAAUAUUACCUGGUUCGAUUCCAUCGAGUGUUACUCAUCUCACUCUCAAAUAUGGUAGAGAAUUAGGAAUAGUACGCAUAAAAUUACCAAUAAUAGCAGAGAUCUUUCCAGAGAACAUAAAGUAUUUGAAAUUGGAAGGUGACAUUUCAUUUGAAUCCGAUUUGUUUUCAACAAUGAAUCAUUUGGAAACAUUGGAUCUGACAACACUGGUUACCACUGGAUUUGGAGAGAUUAAUGUCGGUGAAUUGCCAUCGAGUCUCAUCAAUCUUUACAUGCCAUCAACAUUCAAUGGAGCAAUUAGAAAGAGUGUUGUGUUCCCUAAAAACUUACAACACCUGGAUCUUGGUAUAGGUUUUCGUGGCAAGGUCGUCGCAAUGCCAAAAUCAAUCAAAUCAUUAGCUUUGGGAACGCAUUCAGAGAUAACACCAACAUCGAUUCCUCAAUUGGUUGAGACCAUAUAUUUCCGGUCGAUAUGUCGAUUAACGUUUCUUAAAGAAUGGCCAACCGUCACAACCUCAAUCACCAUUGAAACAGAUACUUUUUCUUACUAUCUACCAUACAUGAUUCCAGAUACAUUGACAACAAUCAAAGUCAAACUCUCAGACAUUACCUAUAGCAUUAGAAGAUUGACAUCCACUUCAUUAUUGGUGUUUGGUGUAUCUCAAAGAAAUCUUACGAUCUAUUUAACAGGAAAGAAAGCAAGACUAUUACAAUCGUCUAUUCCUCAAUCGGUUGAGACAUUUUUUUUCAAAACGGAUAGUCUUUUGAAGCUUCCUGAGGACUCUAGCCAGCCACUACAACCUCUAUAA